UCAUAUACAGUUUGAACAUAUAGCAAUGUAAAUGAAGAUGUGGAGGUCUAUACAUCACAAAAUAGUUUAAAUUGAUACGGUUAUGAUAUUAGAACUUUAGCAGGAAACCCUACGCCCAUCAUUUUCAUCUUUUGUCUUAUUCUUCACGCCGGCCGUCUCUCCCCGGCUCAGACCGUCGGCGGCCACGCCGUCUCCUUGUGCUCGUGCCCCCGCUGCCGCUCUUUCUAGCAAAUUGCACUAACUUUCCACUUCAUUGUUGCCGGAACACGAAGUUCAUAGCUGUAGAUUAUAGGUGGGUUGGAUGAGUUUUAAAUUAAAAUUGUGGUACCGAGUAAGACAAGAAGCUUCUUGUGCAAAUUGAAGUUCUCCCCGACUUAUAUGGGCAUAAAUAUCAAAGAGAGCCACUGCUGGUUCAACAUUAGUACCAUAUCUUUCUCUUUUCUCGUUCAAACUCUUUGUUUCUCCUUGCAGUGACACAUUAGGUCAGAUGGAUAACAAUAAUGUUUUAGAAUCUGUGCGCGCUGCAGUUUUUAAGGAAUCAGAGGAUCUUGAGGGUAAAAGCAUCAAAAUUGAGGGAUAUGACUUCAAUCAAGGAUUAAACUACUCCAACCUUAUCAGGUCUAUGAUCUCUACUGGAUUUCAAGCCUCCAAUUUGGGAGAUGCCAUAGAAGUCGUCAAUCAAAUGCUAGAUUGGAGGCUUGCUGAUGAGAAGGUGACCGAAGAUUGUUCUGAGGAGGAGAAGGAUCCAAUCUUUAGGGAGUCGACGAGGUGCAAGGUGUUUCUUGGUUUCACUUCCAAUCUAAUUUCUUCUGGUGUUAGAGACACAAUUCGUUAUCUUGUUGAACACCAUAUGGUUGAUGUAAUUGUCACUACAACUGGUGGUAUUGAAGAAGAUCUUAUAAAAUGUCUUGCUCCCACAUAUAAAGGUGACUUUUCUCUUCCUGGAGCAUUUCUUCGAUCAAAAGGGCUGAAUCGCAUUGGUAACUUAUUAGUUCCUAAUGAUAACUACUGCAAAUUUGAGGAUUGGGUAAUCCCAAUUUUGGAUCAGAUGUUGAAGGAACAACGUGAAGAGAAUGUACUAUGGACUCCAUCCAAGGUAAUCCGACGCUUGGGAAGAGAAAUAAAUGACAAGAGUUCGUAUCUUUAUUGGGCCUACAAGAACAAUAUUCCAGUCUUCUGUCCAGGAUUAACUGAUGGCUCAUUGGGAGAUAUGUUGUACUUCCACUCUUUUCGUAAUCCUGGAUUGAUUAUUGACAUCAUUCAAGAUAUUAGGGCCGUGAAUGGUGAAGCUAUUCAUGCAAGUCCAAGGAAGACUGGGAUGAUAAUUCUUGGUGGGGGACUCCCGAAACAUCAUAUUUGCAAUGCCAAUAUGAUGCGUAACGGUGCAGACUAUGCUCUCUUCAUCAACACCGCUCAAGAGUUUGAUGGAAGUGACUCAGGAGCCCGCCCCGAUGAGGCUGUCUCCUGGGGCAAAAUUCGAGGUUCGGCCAAGACUGUCAAGGUACAUUGCGAUGCAACAAUUGCCUUCCCGUUGCUCGUAGCAGAAACAUUUGCCUUAAGAAGAGAGAAGAAGAAGGAGAAGGAGGUCAGUGUUGGAGUCCCAGAGAGCUGAUUGGUAUAAUAAAAUGAAUAUUGAUUUGUUGAUCCUUAAAAUUGGAUUAUGGUGUGCUGUGAACUUACGCUUUAAAACACAUUAACUUAUUGAAAAUCUGGGGAGAUUCUAGCCCAGAAAUACCACCUGUGUGGAGAUGUUAUUUCUAUGAAAUGGAGUAUUGUUUAACUAUGAAUUUGUAGAAUAAAAUUUAAUUGUGUAUUAGAAAUCCAUUUUAUUUUA